AUGGAUGGUAUACCGGGCCGAACCAACUGGGUCCAGCCGCUGCAGCAUCACUGUCUCCUCUGCGACUAUGGGGUCUCGUUCCCCUUGGGAACAGAGGAGGGAGACCAGGCUUUCUGCUUAGGAGAGUAUGAUUUGGCAGCCCAAAUCUUCCAUUUAGUGCUGCCCCGGCUGCCCCGGCUGCCCCAGCCCGACCGAGACCUGUGUCUGCGCCUGGGGAACGCGCUGGCCCGUGCGGGCCAUGUCUUCGAGGCCCUGGGCGCGUUUCGCGGGGCGGCGUGGCUCAAGGCUUUGCGGCCUGAGGAGCUGGGGCACCUGGCCUGCGGUAUCGCGUCCGUCAUCCGCGUGAACGAGUGGCAUCUCCAGACCCUGAAGCCGGGAAGCGACCUCGAGAUGCUGUACUGGGGUCGACCGCCCACAGUUCCACCGCCCCCGGCGUCUGCCACGCUCCGCGACCUUUUUGGUUGCCCGCGCUGCACGCGACUACUCUUCAAGCCGGUGACCCUGCCGCGCGGGGUAACGGUCUGCAUGCGCUGCGUGGGAAAGUGUGAGUCGCGGUUAUUCUUUGAGCCUGUUACCACACCAUGUGGACAUAUGUUUUGCCUCAGAUGCCUUGAUAGCUGCCUCGACCAUGCUGUACAUUGUCCAUUGUGCAGAGAAGCACUUCCUGAAUUGAUGGAAAGCAGAAAUUUUAAAAUAACUACAUUGGCUAAAGAAUUAAUACUUCGAUAUUUGCCAGAUGAAUCAUCUGAGAGGAAGAAAAUUCAUGAUGAAGAAAUGUUAGAACUAACAAAUUAACAUUUUUCUUUACCUUCCGGUUUGACCAGAAAUGUUCCCAUCCUUGCGAGUGCCAUGGCCUUCCCUACACUCUCUUUUCCACUCCAUGUCAUUGAGUCACAGUAUCAGCUUGUGAUAAGCAGAUGCAUGGAAAGUGGCGUCAAACGCUUUGGCAUGUGUUUGCCUACUGAAAAUGCAGGUAUUUCAGAGUAUGGCUGCCUGAUGGAGAUUAUCAGGAUCAAUUCUUUCUGUUAUGGAAGGUCAAUUGUAGAAACAAUUGGAAUUCGUCGGUUCAGAGUCUUACGCCAUCGUCAGCGGGGUGGUUUGAACACUGUGGAUGUUGAGUAUCUUGAAGAUGAAAAGGUGGAGGAGGGUCCAGAAUAUGAAGAACUCACCAAUCUUCAUGACUUGGUUUAUCAACAGUCUCUUUCCUGGUUAGAUGCUCUUCCGGAGCCAAUGAAAAAACACAUUUCAGAUAAUUUUGGCUUAAUGCCAGAGAAGGACCCUGAGCCACAGAAUGGUAGUGAUGGUCCGGCUUGGUCCUGGUGGGUCCUGGCAGUGUUGCCAUUAGAACAGGAGGCUCAACUGGUUAUACUGGCCAAAACCUCACUGAAAGAGCGUCUCCUUGAUAUUCAACGUGUUCUAGUACAAGUUACAUGUCAGCUGAAUACUCCCGAAGAGCUGCCUGAUAGCAGCAAUAGCAGUAAUUGA